AUGUUCAUGAAGUUCGUCCGUCUCACCUCACAACUACCAAGAUCAACCCACGUAGUCUUGGCCUCUCUCGUCCUUCACUCGGCUUCUCGAGCCUUGGUCAAAUCUCCAGCACCAUCUAGUCUCGCCAGUCUCACAAUGGCAUCUCCAAUCGUCACAAUGAGCUUCACCGAGGCGACCGAGAAGCGUCGCAGCAUCCGCGCCCUCGACUCCAUGACCACGGUCCCCGACAGCACCAUUGUCAAGCUGGCCGAGGCCGCCAUCCUGACCGUUCCCUCAGCCUUUGACAGCCAGUCGACCCGGCUGACGGUUUUAUUCGCGAACGACCACAGAAAGCUCUGGGCCCUUACAGCCGACGCGAUGCUGGCGAAAAUUGGAGAGGAGCGCUGGAACGGGGGCACCAAAGACCGCAUCGCAAACUUUGCUAACGCCUACGGGACCAUCUUGUUCUGGGACGACCAGUCGUGCGCGGCUGCGAUGAAGGAGCACGCGCCGGAUAUCUACAAGGACAAUACGGAAGAGUGGGUGCAUCAAAGCAACGGCAUGCACCAAUACUACCUGUGGACCGCCCUCGAGGCCCUGGGGCUAGGGGCUAACCUGCAGCACUACAACCCCCUCAUCGAUGCCGAGGUGCAGAAGACGUGGAGCGUCCCGUCAGACUGGAAGCUGAAGGCACAGAUGGUGUUUGGCGUUCCCAGGGAGGGUAGCGCGCCGGGAGAAAAGGCGCAGAAGCUUCCCUUGGAACAGAAAUUGCAAGUGUUUGGAGCGAAUGCGAAGGUAACCUCCAUGUUCCACAGAUUCUCUGCAACGCCUGCAAAGGCACGUAGCCAGACUAAAGGCUCCGGGUCGGCUCGCGCCAGAAACAGGAACAACGACGCAGGCUCCAAGUCCAGCCUCGAGCACAGGCCCAAGCGGCAGAAGACUGCGAGAGCCUGUGACCGCUGCUGCCGGUACCACAUCAAGUGCGACGAGCAGAAGCCCUGCACGCAGUGCGUCAUCAUCAAAGCAAAGUGCAUCGUGUCCUACGCCGCUCCGCGCUCUUCUCAGACCAACAACAUCGACACGGGAUGCGAGUCAUCGUGCUCCCUCCGCCCUCCACUGAAUGGCGACUCGAGAGACUGCAACAGUGCCAGCCCAUCCAUCCCGCUUCCUGUUAUGGGCACGAGGCAGGAGAACACAAGAACACCGCCGGAUAAUGGCCACAAGGAAUACUUGGAUCUCGACUGCACCCUCCAGGGCAUUUCUGCCAGCGGACAGCCGGCCUUCUCACAUACUUCCGCCAUUGCUAGCUCUCUCUUCCCUCAGCUCCCGCAUGUUGCGGUCCCUUCUGGGGAAUUUGUUCUCGCAUCAAACACACUGCUCAAAAGCCAGCGGAGCUACUAUCUCCGGCUUUUUUGGGACAUUUGUCACCCGCUUCUAAUGAUUAUAAGCGAGGCAGAAUUUGGCGAGCCCGAGACCCUGCAACCACCAACCAUGUUUGAAGAGUAUUCGGUAAGGAGCGCCCUGAUUGAUUCCAUGAUCGCUCUAGGCAUACAGCACAGCCACGUUACUGGUCUUGCCGGGCGGAUAUUGGGUCUCCCACAGCCACCCCGACAGUAUCACAACGCAGACCCCCUACCGGACGACAACUGGCCCGGCUUCGAAUACUUCCAUCGCAGUCGUGAACGCAUGAGAACUAACAAAGAGGUGACCUUGGAGGCCAUACGAUGCCAUGUUCUCAUGGCCCUUUACCUUAUGAAGGGCAAUGCUAUCCGCGAUGCCUACAAUCUUCUCGGCAUCACUGUCCGCAAGGCUUACAUUGCCAAACUCCAUCGACCGCCACCGAGUCAUCUGCCCGAAGCCGGAAAAACCGCUCGCAUGCAACUGUGGUGGAUGCUCUUUUCCCUAGAUUUUCAGUGUUCGUUGCAGCUUGACCUGCCCGCCGCCUGUCAGAAGAGCCUCGUCAAAUGCCCCUUUCCUGCCGAGGAAGCCCUUGGCCGCUACGUCUACUCCCCGAACCAUCAGAAAAAGGGCAUUAACUCUUACACGUACUCCACUUGUCUGGUCAACUUUGCUGUGACUAUGACCGAUAUUAGUGCGUGUGUCUCGACUGCUGAUCUCGACGACGACGGCAAUAGCCCGGCUGCUCUCGAACAUCACGCACUUAGGCUCUCAUCCGCCCUACAAAACCUCGAGAUCUGGCGCGACCAGUUACCCUCAGAGCUGAUACUGAGCCGGCGUGAAGAUGAUUCUGGCAAUACUGACAUGCUCGACGUCAAUCUCGACCUAGCCCUACCCGCAUGGCUGCAGCGGCAAAUGGUCCUCUUGGAACUCCACUAUCACAACGCAUAUACGCUGGUUCAGCGUCCCUUCAUCCGUCUCCGCCACGCCUCCUCCAAUGACGCCAGCAGCAUGAUAACUUCACCCGGCUCGCGGCAGCCGCAUGCGGAGCUGCACAUUGCCGGCGCCCUUGACCAUGCAAGCAUAAUCAUCGACACAGUCUUUGCUGUGUGCUCCACGACAGACGUCCUCUACGGCUGGUCAGAGGUCCUGCAGCCGCUCUGGAACGCGGUGCUAACAAUCACGGCCUACGUCUACGCCAACCCGCAGAGCCCCGUGGUGCCGCGGACGCUCGACUCCCUCACUCGGGCCCUGGCAGUUUUCGAAUCCUUCUCCUCCACCUGCCCGGCCAUCCUCUUCGCAAAGGAUAUUGUCCAGUCGCUCACCAACAGCCUGCAGAACAUGAUGGCAAUGUCCACCAUCGACCCAAUGGGCUGGGACCUCCUCCCAUCGCUGCUCCAGGAGCAACAGACGGCCACUACCGGUCUUGAGAGCGCACCCUCAUCCAACGACAUCCAUGACAAUGUGCUCUUCCCAUCAUUCAGGCCCUCGGCUUCGCACUUCAAUCUUGUGGCCAUGCAGUCCGGCAAUUCGUGA